UUUAUUAUACUCCUAUUUAUACACGUUCCUUCCACCCAAGCCUAGAAGCAAAGUCCAAAACCAAAGUUUUUCCAUGGCAAGCCUCAGCAUGCUACGUUUUCUGUUUUUAGCAACUUUGUUUGUCAUAACCGCCACAAGUUCCACAAAUGACGUAAAAGCUAUAUACUGGCUCGAACAACCACUUUUCCCUCCUUCAGCCAUAAACACAUCACUCUUCACCCACGUCUACUACGCAUUCCUUGCACCCAACAAUGUCACCUACAAACUCCACGUUUCAAACUCCACAGCCACAAACCUCGCAAAGUUCACCACCACCCUUGGCUCCACCGUCGCCACCCUCAUCUCCAUCGGCGGCGCCAACUCCAACGCCACUCUCUUCUCUCUCAUCGCCGCAAAUUCCGCCGCGCGCGCCACCUUCAUCAACUCCACCAUCACCCUCGCACGCACCUUCGGGUUCCACGGCGUUGACCUAGAUUGGGAGUUCCCUCGAACCGCGAGCGAGAUGAAAAACCUCGGCCUGCUGUUCAAAAAGUGGCGCGCCGCAAUAGCCGCCGAGGCCGCCGCCACGGGCCGGGAACCGCUUCUUCUCACCGCCGCAGUGUACUUCUCCGUCGAUUACUUCUUAUCCGAAACGUCGUCGUUGAGGUACCCGGUGGGUUCCAUUAACGAGAAUUUAGAUUGGGUCAACGUUAUGAGCUACGAUCUAAAUGGGCCCUGGAGUAACCAUACUGGGCCUCCUGCUGGGCUUUUUAACCCGAAAAGUAAUGCGAGUGUGGGUUACGGGUUAGGGUCGUGGAUCCGGGGCGGGGUUAUUCCGAAGAAGGUGGUGAUGGGUUUGCCGCUAUAUGGGAGGACGUGGCAGUUACGUGACCGGAGUGUGCAUGGAAUCGGAGCUCCGACUAUUGGACCGGUUCCUGGGUCGGAUGGUGUCAUGGCGUUAUUUCAAGUGUUGCAGUUUAACAAAGAAACAGGUGCGAAAGUUGUAUAUGACAGGGAAACGGCGUCGGUUUAUUCGUAUAGUGGGAGUUACUGGAUCGGGUACGAUGACCCGAUCUCGGUGGCGGUUAAGGUUGGGUUUGCUCAAGCUUUUUCGCUUCGUGGCUAUUUCUUUUGGGCUGCUGGCCUCGACACUAGCGAUUGGAAAAUCUCAACACAAGCUCUGAAUGCCUGGAUGCUUUGCAUAAGAGAGACCGGAAGAAUGAACUGAACGUUGACUUUCAUCACUUCACGUUUGUGCUAUCAUUUUCAUCUCGCAGGGAAGAUUUGAUUUCUAUUUCAACAUCAAGUAAUUGAAUUUAUUGAAUAUACAAUGCACAAGUGUAGAUGACAAUGCCUUUAUUCAGCAAAUGAAUUCGUUUUCACGUAGAUCCCGUGUAGAACAUAACAUGAAAGGGGGGGGGGGGGGAGAAUCUCAUCCUUUUGCGUAACAGUCUCUCAAUUUACUGGAUUGAGAGUUAUAAGUAUUGCCAAUGUGGAAAACUUUAUAAAGGUUAAAAUGCAUUAUUGA